AUGUCCCUUCUCACCCACCUGCUGGCAUGUCUGUUCGGGAUGGGCUCCUGGGUCUCCAUCAACGGCCUGUGGGUGGAGCUGCCCCUCAUUGUCCCUCAGAUCCCAGAGGGUUGGUACCUGCCGUCUUACCUCUCUGUCCUCAUCCAGAUGGCCAACGUUGGGCCUCUCUUCGUCACUCUGAUGCAUCGCUUCCGGCCCGGCGCCCUGAAAGAGACAGUUGUCGUAUAUUUGAUCAUCAGCCUGGGUACUGUGGCGAGCUUCCUGCUGGGUUUCUUCUGGAAGGAGACUGUUGUUGUAGCUGGUGCUCCUCGCAGUGUAGCCCUCCUCGUCUUAACCUUCUUUCUCUCUGUUGUUGACUGCACUUCCUCUGUCACCUUCCUGCCCUUCAUGAUGCGCCUCAAGCCCCAGUAUCUGACCACCUACUACAUCGGGGAGGGUGUGAGCGGCCUGCUGCCUGCUCUAGUGGCUUUGAUACAGGGUGUUGGUGUGGUCCACUGUAUUAACAGUACACAGUCAUUUAACCACACCCUGAACAUCUCCAACAGUGUUUUGACCUUUGACCUCCAGGCCCAGUAUCAGCCAGCCAACUUCUCAGCUGAGGUGUUUUUCUUCUUCCUCAGUGCCAUGAUGCUAGUGUGCCUGGUGGCAUUCCUGCUGCUGAACUACCACCCAUCUGUGGCCAGGGAACAUCCCAACGGUCGAUACAACAACAGGGUGAAAGAGGAAUCUCAGAAAAACAGGAAGUGGGCCGAGCAAAAGCCCAUGAUGGAUCCAUAUAGACCCGCAAACCAGAAGCCCAGAAGCACUUUUGGCACUGGCUCUUACAGCUGGAUGCAGGUGUUUUAUAUCUUUGUGAUCCUGGCCUGGGCGAAUGCACUAACCAAUGUGGUGCUUCCCUCGGUGCAAUCCUACUCAUGCCUGCCGUACGGGAACAACGCCUAUCACUUAUCAGCCACCUUGGCUUCUGUGUCUAACCCUCUCGCCUGCUUCAUCGCCAUGUUCUUCCCUUUAAGAUCUCUGCUGCUGAUGGGAGCUCUCACAGUUGUAGGCAGUGGAGUCGGAGCUUAUAUAAUGAGCAUGGCAGUGCUGAGUCCAUGUCCACUGCUGGUUUAUGAAACUUCAGGUGGUGUCAUCAUGGUGUUGGCCUGGAUCCUCUUUGUUCUCACUCUGUCCUAUGUGAAGGUGAUCAUCGGGGUGAUCCUGCGUGACGAGGGCCACAGCGCUCUCGUGUGGUGUGGAGCUGUAGUGCAGUUGGGCUCUCUGCUGGGAGCUGUGACCAUGUUCCCAGUGGUCAGUGUGUACAGCUAUUUUUCCUCAGGGGACCCAUGCAACACAAACUGUCCCUGAAUAAAAACAUCACGCAGAAGAGACUGGAGGAAGCAAAGGCGCUAAAGGUUUCAAAUCUUUUUUUACAUAGAUAUUCAAUGGAGGAAGCCUAUCAAUUGUUCUUUUUUAUUAUUAUCUCCAUUUAUUUACCUUGCAGCAUUUGAUUGUGAACCUUUCAUUUGAGGGCUUCAAAUCACAAAGAAAUAGGUGCAUAGAUACAACAAGACAAACUAGUUAUAAUGUAGCCUCACUGACAAUGCUGCUUCACACAGGGUGACACCUUUGCAGAUGCUAAAGUGGUGAAUUUAUGUUGUUGCUGGAUACAGUUUGGACUUCAAGAGGAUUUAAUUCUGGGCGCUGUGACUCUCACCUGACAGCGGUAUGUGUGGCUGUACUACAUUUAUUUACAUUUUUUUAGAUCUUCAGCCAAGAACAAAAGUAAAUUGAACUGAUAAUAAUGCAGGGCAAGCAUUAACAAAUUCAACAACAGAUGAUUAUUCAAUAAAAUAAAAAUGCAAGAAGAAAAUUUGUAUAAGACUAAAGUUACUCCAACAAUACAGAAGCAUAUUUUCUGUUUCAACCUUUGAAGUAUUACUUGACUUUACCAAAACUGAAACUACACUCAUUUGUGAGUGCUUGCCUUUUUAUUUGGUUCAACCAGUUUAUGUCCAGUUAAUGUUAUGUUAAGUGUCCGAUACCUUUCUGUUCAUGUGAGUGGUCUAAAAUUUCAGUGUAUUGAGAGUAUUUCUGUUACGCUUGACUCCAUCUGAUCAGUACUGUUUGAAGAAAAACUUAUCUACAUAAGUUGUGUUGAAACGAUGGAUUUGUAAUAAUUCGCAUUAUUGUUUUUGGAUUUACACAUACAUUUGCUUUAAUCAUGUUGUUUAUUUUAUUAUAUGACAUUGCACUAGAGAGACAUAAUCCCAACAUAACUAGGAACAUAAUGCACUGGUUGUCUUUAUAUGCUGACCUGACAAUCAGUGGAUCUUGAACACAAUUCACAGAUGUUUCAGAAUAACAAGAGUAAUUAACUCCCUACAAAGAAAAAAAAUACAAAAUGAAUAAAGUUAGUAAGUAAAAUUAAGUAAGAAAUUAAUAAUAUUUUGGGAAGAUUACACAGCAAACACACACGUCCAAACAUUCAAAUCCCCCACCAAAUAUUCAAAUGCCCCUACAUACCUUCAGUCCACCCACACAGGUGUUUUUACUUCAUUUGCCUGUAUAUACCUCUUCUGGUGACCGUGAGUAACAUGUCCCUCACUCUCCUACAAGCUUUGUUGCACCUGUUAAGGUAGGAAAACUUACUUUUUACUUACUUAAAGUGAUGUUCUUAUAAGAAUAUUCAGAAGAUUUUGGCUGCAGAGAUUUGUUCCCGUUCAGCCAUCAGCACAUUAGUGAGGUCCAACACUGAUGUUGAGAGAUCAGUUCAUUCCAAAGGUGUUGGAUGGGGUUGAUUGUCAGAAGUCUUUGCAGGCCAGUCAAAUUAUUCCACACAACACUCAGAAAACCUUUCUGGCCCUUUGUCACAUGGGGCAUCGUCAUACGGUAACAGGGAAGCCCAAACCAUAAAUAGACCCAGAUUUAAGGUAUACACAAACAGCAUGGGGGUCUGCAUAGUUAUGACCACAUGGUAUGUAUCAAAUAUAAAUUAUGUACUUUAUAUAGAACAUACAAAUAAAACAUUUAUAUAUUUCCAUCACCACAGACACUCAGUAAAGUGCAAAAGAAACAAUCUAUCAAAACAAAUCUAAUUUACAUAAUAUUUUCACAUGAUGGUAUUAUAUGGUGACCAUCAUAUCUUCCACACUCUAUAAUCCGUUCAAUAAUUUCCUUUUUGACAUAAGAGGCAGAGCUGCUUUUGAGGAAGAAAUCAUGCAAAAUUGAAGACUAAUUCAGUCAAUAGAGAUGCCAUGGCUCCUUAUGUUGAGGAUUAACACAACCAAUGACAUUAUUUCUCCAUCAAAGAAUUAAAAUCUUCAUCCUGCAUUUCUUUGGGUAUCUAAAACUUCUAGAUUACCAGUUUAUAUUAGAUGCUUGUUUUUUCUUAACUAUGAAUGUGUAAGAAUACAAAUUUCUAAUUCCAAGUAAUGGGAAUGUUGUUAAGCAUUGUCAGAUUCAAUAUUCUCAAUAGUAGAAGAUUAAAAAAAGGUCCUCUGGCUUUCUUUUCUCACUUGAUGCAGGUAAACAACUUCCCUUGGGUUAAGAGGUAAAACAGCGGAUGCACAAUACUCCCGACAGACAACAAGAAUAUACAUCCAGGUGUAACCAUACAGUCAUAUAUAUAUUCAUUCCCAGACAUGAGCCUUUGCAGUAAAAUAACUGGAGUAUAACAAAACAAGGCGAUGGCUGAAGUGGCACGGAGAGUAUGAAAGGCUUUCUUCUUGGCAGGAUGCAUCUUCUCUAAACCUGGGCCAGACUUCUUCAGCACCAUCGCAAUCCUGAUGCUGCACCGCAACAUUAUUGCAAUCAUAAUGCACAACGCAUUAAACUGAAUAAUCUGUAAUACUUGCUGAUUGAGAAAGGAGGCGAGUGUUUCUGCUAAAACACUCGCCAAAGCAGUGGGCACAGUCAGGAGCCACAUUGUCACAACAAAAACCUCCCUGCAUCUGUAUUUCUUCAACAAAAAAUAAGACAUGGGGUGAAUUACAGCAACAUAUCUCUCUAUGGAGAUAAAACACAAACUCAUUGGCCCUCCGACUUGUGCAUACACAAGCAGAAACUUGAGGAUCUGUUGCUGGGCGUUUGGCAGCAAAAACAUGGCAGCUAAAUGGAAGGUUGAUGUCAAGUACUGGAAGUUGUGGAAGAGAGCCAGAUUAAAAUUCAGGAUAUCUAUGGUUUUCUUGGAUGUUAAGGUGAUCCACAGCAGUCUGGUGAUCAGUGGUUGUCCCAUGAGAAAAGUAAUGAUGUCGAUCAGUGAGAGAACCAUUAUAUAGGCCGGUCCAAAGUGACAGACAUCAGAUUGGUUGGAGUUACGUGUGACAUUGCUGAAUAAAUUCUCCAUCUGACCAGACUGGUUUUCAGAGCUGAAAGAAACAAACCAUCAGAGAGAAGCUGCUGAUGGAGAUUUAAACAUCUAUAUUAGCUUAGUGAUUUCACAUAAAUACAGAGACAUAAACUUGCAUAACCUUUUUCUGUCUGAAUCCUUCGGUCUUUAAAGUGUUUGACCUCAGAAAAGUAAAUUUUUUGAUGCAAUUUCACUUAUUCUAUUCUUAUGAGUAAAAAAUUAUUUUGCAGUAAAUAAGGUUUUGCUUUUUAAAGAAAUACCUAGUAUGUACUAGUAUCUUGAAACUAUUGAUCACUGCGCAAAAAUUAAGAAAAAUGACAAUUUUACACUUGAAAAAUGUAUUUGAAACAAUUUGUUUUGAGUUGAAUAAAGUCAAAAUAAUAUCACUGUACUGGCAGAUUUCUCACUUUGUUUUGAGAACGUAAGAUCUUUAAGACUUAACUACAGACAAAUAAACCUGAAAACAUUUUUUUCUUGCUGUGUAAUCAUGUAAAAUUAACAUUUUAGAUUCAGUUUAAGUUGUGUAAGGACGUAAAGCAGACAUAAUAAACAUGAGAUAUUGCAAUUUAACAAAAUUAAAUAUUGUUUAAUAGUC